AUGGCGACGUCAGACCCCAAACCCUCAGAGAAGAUCUACGCUCUCAUCAACUACGAAGACCCCUACGUCCAACCCCUUAUCAUCGCCGCACUUGAGAAGCGCUUGCCAGAAUCAUCUUAUGAGUUGAUAACAUCUCUAUCCCAACUCCCCUCCCCCUCCUCCCGCCUCCUCCAAUGGGUCCAAUACGAAUCCAUCGACUUCGACCACCUCAUUGAAAACUCCUCCAGUAGUCUCGCCAACGCCUACAUAAUUCGCAAAGCCCUAAUCCGGAAACACUACCUCAGCACCACCAUCGCCAAUUGGAUAACCAAAUACCCCGAUAGCGUACUUAAGAAACACGUCAAGCCGAGCGUGGAGUUUGAAGUCGACUACGCCGAGUUUCUGGAUGAUGCAUUGGUUGAAGCGUGGGAGUUGAAGGAGAGUUGGGCGAGGAAUGAGAGUCAAGAAGAUGAGAAGAAGAAGGAAUGGUGGAUUUUGAAACCGGGGAUGAGUGAGAGGGGGCAAGGGAUUAGGUUGUUUAGCAGUGAGGAGGGGUUGACUGGGAUUUUCGAGGAGUGGGAUCCUGAGAGUGAUGAUGAGGACGAAGAAGAGGAGGAAGAUGCGAGAAGUGAUACCGGCGCCAACAGCAGUCUCAGCAUUGGCGAGCAGGGGAAAGACGAGAAAGAGAAAGAAGAGGGAAACGGCAUCAUGACAUCCCAACUCCGCCACUUCAUCGCACAACCUUACAUCCACCCCCCGUUACUCCUCUCUCCUCCCAACGCUCCCACUCCAGAACUGCGCAAAUUCCACAUCCGCACAUAUGUCCUCGCCACAUCCGCUCUCCAAGUCUUCGUCUACCGACCCAUGCUCGCCCUCUUCGCCGCACGCCCCUACGUCCCCCCUUGGUCCGACGUGUUACAAAACGACCGCGACGAAGCCAUGCGCGCGCAUCUGACAAACACGUGUUUACAGGAGAGUGGGGAUAGGGAGGGCAGUGUGGGGUUAUUUUGGUCUCUCCCCGACUCUUUACCUACACAACCCGACCUCGGAUCUAUCAAACUAGACGCAAAGCCGGAUUGGAAAGACAAAGUAUUCGAGCAGAUCAAGGAAACGACAGCCGCGACAUUCGAAGCUGCGGCGAGGGGGAUGUCGAUUCAUUUCCAGCCGCUGCCUAACAGCUUUGAGAUUUUCGGGCUGGAUUUCAUGGUAGGGGUAGAGGAGGAUGGCGGACUGAACACGUAUCUGCUGGAGGUGAAUGCGUUUCCGGAUUUCAGGCAGACGGGGAGCGAGUUGAGUGGGAUGAUUGAGGGGCUUUUUGAGGGUGUGGUGAAUAGGGGGGUUGUGCCUUUCUUUAGGGUAAAGGGAGAGGGAGGGGACAGAGAUGACGGGAUGGUCAAGGUUUUGGAUAUUGAUCUGGGACGGCGGUGA